AUGGGGAUCGUUACGUCUGUCGCGUCUAAACGGCGUAUGAUGGAAAGGGAAAAGAGCCAUUCCCCCUCCCCCAAGACCCCGUUUGUGACAUUUGUAAUUAAGCAUUUGUCUAGCGGAAGGUUCAUCCAUCCAAGGGGCGGUUGGAGUAACCCUUGCAACGGAACUACCCUGGACCUGCAUAGCGACACGCAUGACAGAAUGCACUGGCGAUUUGUGCUGGUGGUAGAUCACUGGGGAUACAUUGAGCACGUGGCAAUUGGCAAGAUCAUACACCAGAGGGGAGGGAGUUUGAAACCUUGGAACUGCACAGACCUGGUAGUCCACAGUUCUAGGCAUUGGGGAGCGCUCUUUGCUCUCGACGGUAACAACCAUCACGUGAUUCACAAGGGAGGAAAGUUUGCACAUCCAAAAGGUGGCAGACCAGAUGCAGGAAACCAUACAACUGUUAACCUUCACAGUGAUGAGCACGCAGCCAUGAAGUUUGGAUUUUUCUCGCCCAGCAAUCUGAAUACAGAGGUGCUUGUUUACGGCUACCCAAAAAUGAUCGGAAAGUGGAAAAUCAUCCAUAUGGUUCUAAAUCCGUCGGCAGAGCAUACGUUUACACUGAUGGUCAAAGUUGGCAAGUCCAAGACUGAGAGCAGAACAUGCGGAUUUGAGUACAUGAAACCUGGUCAAACAGUGGUCACUUGGCAGUGGGUGCUUGACGUGGAGCAAAACGAGAACAAGUCUGUAUACCAGAGCAACCUUCUAGCCGACACCGGAAGUGAGACCGAGGUACCCAGGGAACUGCAGUACAAGGUCGAAACAGGACAUGAUAUGGAAACUCGCGUUAAACGCCUUAGUGUUGAAUAG